CUGUCUGGCCAUCGCUGUGGCUCGUUGUUGUUUUUGGGUGUGAGUGAGAAAUAGGAAGUGUUUUUCAGAAGAAAUAAAAUUGAACAUAAAUGCAGAAUCACAGUCCGUGAUCGGGGCUAUCUGCUUUUAAUUCAUCUGUUGUGCAAAACUGGAAGGGAUGGCCGCAGCUGUGGAGACUGAGCAGGGGAUCGAAGUGUUUGAGGCAGCAGACUUCGCAGGCUCCGGUAUGCAGUUGGAGGAGCCUGUGGAGAUGGAGCCAUUCUAUGUGGAGAGACACUCCUGGAGCCGUCUGAAGAAGCUCCUGGGAGACGGCAGGAAGUACCACGGCCACAUGAUGGCCAAGGCUCCCUACGACUUCCAGUUCGUAAAGAAGAACGACCCUGAAGGGCCCCACUCCCAUCGGAUGUACUAUUUAGCUAUGUCAAAUGAAAGCAGAGAAAACGCACUGUUUUAUUCAGAAAUUCCCAAGAAGAUCAACAGGGAUAAUCUCUUGCUGUUGUCAUGGAAACCUCUUCUGGAACACUUUCAGACCAGUCGGGACUAUGGAGUGUACUGUCGUGAGGAGGAGCUACUGAGGGAGAGGAAGAGGAUCGGCCCUGUGGGAAUCGUGUCGUAUGAACUGCACAGAGACAGCGGCACCUUCCUCUUUCAGUCAGGCCGCAACUUGUACACUUUUAAAGACGGGGGGCCACACGGCUUUACCAAACACCCUCUGAAGCCCAUCACAGUAAAGACCUCAUGUCCUCACAUUAGAAUGGACCCCAAACUGUGCCCUGUCGAUCCAAACUGGUAUUCAUUUAUCCAUCGAAAUGAUAUCUGGAUUGCAAACCUUGAAACAGGCGAAGAAAGAAGGUUGACAUUUGCACAUAAAGAUCUUCCGAAUAUUGAAGACGACCCCAAAUCUGCUGGUGUUGCUACAUUUGUGCUGCAAGAGGAGUUUGAUCGAUACACAGGGUACUGGUGGUGCCCUACUGCUGAAACAACGGCUGAUGGGAACAAGGUUCUUCGGAUAUUUUACGAGGAGAAUGAUGAAUCUGAAGUGGAAGUCAUCCAUGUGACUUCACCAAUGCUGGAGACCAGAAAGACUGAGUCAUUCAGGUACCCAAGGACAGGUACUGCCAAUCCGAAGGUCACUUUGAAGAUGUCUGAAAUAACAGUGGGUGCUGCGGGAGCGAUUGUGAGCGCAGUGGAUAAGGAGCUGGUCCAGCCCUUUGAGGUCCUGUUCCUAGGGACAGAGUACAUCGUCCGAGCAGGGUGGACUCGAGAGGGGAAAUAUGCCUGGGCCAUCCUGUUGAACCGCUUUCAAACCAGGCUCCAGAUCGUUCUGAUCCCGCCAGCACUGUUUAUUCCAGUCGUGGACGACGCUGUAGAGAGACAGAGGCUGCUGGAGGCAGUGCCAGACAGCGUAGCCCCCUUUAUUAUCUAUGAGGAAACAACAGACAUUUGGAUCAACGUUCACGAUAUUUUACACAUUUUCCCUCAGACAGACGAGCAUGAAAUCAAGUUUAUCUUUGCUUCUGAAUGCAAGACUGGAUUCCGUCACCUUUAUAAAAUCACAACGCAUUUACAGGAGAGCAAGUACAAGCGUUCCAGUGGGGGCAUGCCUUCUCCAGAUGAUUUCAGAUGUCCCAUUAAGGAGGAGUUAGCACUGACCAGCGGAAACUGGGAGGUUCUGGGAAGACACGGAUCUAAUAUUUCGGUCAAUGAAGCUACAAACGUAGUGUAUUUUCAAGGCACAAAGGACACUCCUUUAGAGCACCACCUGUACAGUGUGAGCUGUGAGGACCCUGCUGAACCUGAACGCCACACUCAGAGGGGCUAUUCCCACAGCUGCUUUUUCAGCCAGCACUUUGACAUGUUCGUCAGUAAGUACAGUAACCAGGAGAACCCUCGCUGCAUGCACCUGUUCAGACUGCCCCCUCCCGAUGGGGAUCCCAGCCUGGACCAGGGGGGCUUCUGGGCCACCAUGAUGGAGUCAGCAGGGUGUCCUCCCGAUUACAUCCCACCUGAAGUCUUUUCCUUUGAGAGCCAGUCUGGACACACUCUAUAUGGGAUGAUGUACAGACCCCACAAUCUGCAGCAGGGGAAGAAAUAUCCCACAGUUGUUUUUGUAUAUGGGGGUCCCCAGGUUCAGUUGGUAAAUAACCAGUUCAAAGGGGUGAAGUAUAUGCGCCUCAACACUCUGGCUUCUCUGGGUUACGUAGUCGUUGUGAUUGAUAACCGGGGCUCCUGCCAUCGAGGACUGGCCUUUGAAAGCGCUUUCAAACACAAAAUGGGUCAAGUGGAAAUUGAGGACCAGGUCGAAGGUCUACAGUAUCUGGCAUCGAAGUACCGUUUCCUCGAUAUGGACCGCGUGGGCAUUCACGGCUGGUCUUAUGGAGGUUACCUUUCCCUCAUGGGACUGGUGCAGAAACCUGAAAUCUUUAAGGUAGCAGUAGCUGGGGCUCCGGUCACCCUGUGGCAAUUUUAUGACACUGGAUACACCGAGCGCUACAUGGGAAACCCCGAUGUGAACGAGCAGGACUAUGAUCUGGGGUCAGUGGCCAUGCAGGCCGAUCGCUUUCCAUCAGAACCCAACCGACUGCUGCUUCUGCACGGGUUCCUGGAUGAAAACGUUCACUUCGCUCACACCAGCGUUCUGCUGAGCUUCCUCGUCAGAUCUGGGAAGCCCUACGAUUUACAGGUUUACCCCCAGGAGAGGCACAGCAUCCGAGUCCCCGAGUCAGGAGAGCAUUAUGAACUGAAUCUUCUGCACUACCUUCAGGAGAACCUUGGUUCACAACUCGCUGCUCUGAAAGCCAAAUAUUAAACCAGUUAUCCAGAACCCUUUCCACCAAGGCUUUCUAUACGAGAGCCCGGGAGCUUCACAAAAGCAUGUGUUUGUCUCAAAAACGUAGUGCCUAAACUUGUACUGUAAUGUAAUGUACUGUUAGCUCCAGCAAAAUGCACUGGAUAAGCCCACUCGAGAUGAGACUGGGAACGAUUCCUGCAGUUACUGGCACUGUCACAGUCAAUAUAAGUCAAUAUUUCUAGUCUUUAGAAGAUUAAGUCACAGGUCCAGAAACCAAGACUUAAAGGUGUGCACUUAAAAGGUCAUUGCUUAAUGUUUAUCUUACAACCAGAGCAAAAUAACUCAUGCAGUAUUGUAUUUCUGUAUAUCUAUAGUUGAGUUAAACUGGCUAAAGUCUAACAUAAUGGAAACAAAAUAUUCUUACAAAACUUAUACAAGGGUGGUAUUAAUAAAAUAAAAACAACCCAAUGAUUUCAUUUUUA